AUGUUUCAAAGAUCAUUAAAGUUAUUUAAUAAUAAUUCAAAUAGAUUAUUAUUAAGAUCAAAUAAUUUUAAAUCAAUCAAUGGUCAAAAUAGUGGUGUUUUAGUUCAAAAAGGUUUAAAUCAAAAAAGAUUAUUCUCAACUCAACAACAAGCCAAUCAAGUUGAAGCUGAGGAUGAAAUUGCACCAGAUGAAGUAAUUAAAGCAGAAGAAAAAAUUCAAGAAAAUGAAAGAGUCAUUGGUUUAAGCGAAAAAUUAAAUUUCCAAACAGAAACACAAAAAAUUUUACACAUUGUAGCAGAAUCAUUAUAUACCGAAAAGGAAGUCUUUAUUAGAGAGUUGAUUUCAAAUUCAUCCGAUGCUAUGGAAAAAGUUAGACAUGCACAAUUAACCAAACCAGAACUUAUCGAAGAAGGUUCAAUCCCAUUCGAAAUUAAAAUCUCAACUGACGACGACAAGAAAACUCUUAUUAUUCAAGAUUCUGGUAUUGGUAUGACCAAAGAAGAAAUGAUUAAGAAUCUUGGUAACAUUGGUUACAGUGGUUCAAGCGAAUUUUUAAAGAAACUCGGUGAAAGUCAAGAUAAAUCUUCAAUUAUUGGUCAAUUUGGUGUUGGUUUCUAUUCAUGUUUCAUGUUUACACCAAAUCUGCUGCCCUUGGUUCAAAGGGUUAUCUUUGGGGAAUCUGAUGGUAGUGGUAGUUAUACUAUCUCUGAAGCUGACAAUGUUUCAAGAGGUACCAAAAUUAUUAUUCACUUAAAACCAAAUUCAUAUGAAUACAGCAAAAAAUCAACAGUCGAAAAUAUUAUCAAGAAAUACAGCAGUUUCGUUGGUUUCCCAAUUUUAUUAAAUGGUACCGCUGUUAAUACAAUCAGACCACUUUGGACUCUUAAUAAAAAUGCAAUCACCGAAGAAGAUCAUAAACAAUUCUUCCAAUACCUCAGCAAAUCAUACGAUACUCCAUCAUACCAUAUUCACUUUUCAACUGAUACACCAUUAUCAAUUCGUUCAAUCUUUUAUGUACCAUCACAACAUAUGGAAAAGUAUGGUAUGGGUAAAAUGGAACCAGGUGUCUCAUUAUUUAGCAGAAAGGUUUUAAUUCAACAAAAAGCUAAAGGUAUCUUACCAGAUUGGUUACGUUUCAUUCGUGGUGUUGUCGACAGUGAAGAUAUUCCAUUAAAUGUAAGUCGUGAACAUCUCCAAGAUAAUGGUCUUAUUCAAAGAAUCAGUUCAGUUUUAGUUAAAAGAAUCCUUAAGAACCUUUCAGAAGAAGCUAAAAAAGAUCCAGCCAAAUAUAACAACUUUAUUAAAGAGUUUGGUGGUUUCUUUAAAGAAGGUAUUAUUACCGAUUUCAAAUGGAAGGAUGAUAUUUCAAAAUUAUUAAGAUUCGAAACAUCAGAUAAAGCAGAUGAAAUUUGCUCAUUAGAAGAAUAUGUUUCACGUAUGAAACCAAAUCAAGACCAUAUUUUCUUUGUUAGUGUUCCAAAUCGUACAGUUGGUCAAUUAUCACCAUAUUAUGAACCAUUCAAAUUAAAAGGUAUUGAAGUUCUUUUCCUCUACAAUCAAGUUGAUGAGUUUGUUCUUAGUCAACUUGGCUAUUUUGGUGAUAAAAAGAUUGUUUCAGUCGAAUCAAAGGAAGCUGAAGAGUUCCUUCUUUCAAAUCAAGAAAAGAAAGAUCAAACCCUUUCACAAGCUGAUAUUGACAAAUUCCUCAGUUGGGUUCAAGAAGUUGCUGGCGAAAAAGUUAGUACUGCCAAAGCAACUACAAGAGAAAUUUCAUCACCAGCUAUUGUUAUAGAUCAUGAAUCAGCAACUUUCCGUCGUAUGUAUAAAAUGUUAGAACCAGGUAAAGCAAUGGAAACCACAAAACAACAAGUUGAAUUUAAUAUGAAUAACCCAAUUAUCUUAAAACUUCACCAACAAAAAGAUUCAAAUCCACUUGUUGCAAAAUUGGUUAUUGACCAAAUUGUCGAUAAUGCUUUUGCUAGUGCCGGUCUUAUUGAGGAUAAUAGAGAAAUGAUUCCACGUAUUAAUCAAUUAUUAGAAACAGUUUUAAAUAAAUAA